UUCUAUAUGUGAAUUAUGUAUACGCACGCAGAUAUAUUUGAAAAGUUUAAAGAUGAGGAUGGAAACUUUAAAGAAUGCUUGGUAUCCGACACCAUUGGUUUGCUUAGCUUAUAUGAGGCCUCACAUUUGAGCUGUGUUGGGGAAAACAUAUUAGAUGAAGCCCUUGCUUUCACGACCACACACCUAACUGAGUUCUUGGCAAAUAAAAAAGAACAUGAUGAUCCAUUAUCGAAAGAAAUAUCCCAAGCUUUAGAGAGGCCAUUGAGAAAGAGCCUUGAGAGGCUAGCUGCUAGGCAUUUCAUUUCAAUAUAUGAAAAUGAGACCUCCCAUAACAAAGUAUUGCUACAACUUGCAAAGUUAGAUUUCAAUCUAUUACAAUCCAUGCACAAAAAGGAGCUUAGUGAAAUCUCCAGGUGGUGGAAAGAAUCAGACUUUGUACACAAAUUCCCUUUUGCAAGAGAUAGGAAUGUGGAACUAUACCUUUGGAUAUUAGCAGUCUAUUAUGAACCCCAAUACUCUUUGGCAAGAAAUAUUUUAACCAAAAUUAUUGCAAUCACCUCAAUUGCUGAUGAUAUUUACGAUGCAUAUGGUACAUUUGAAGAACUUGAGCUCCUUACUGAAGCAGUUGAAAGGUGGGACAUAAAUAUUAUUGAUAAACUCAAUCCAGAGUAUUUGCAAACAUUUUAUAAGGAACUUUUGAACUCUUAUGAAGAAUUUGAGCAAGAGCUUUCAAAGGAAGAAACUUACAGAGUUCAUUAUGCAAAAGAACGGUUUAAAGAAUUACUUCGAUCUUAUCUGGAAGAAGCUUGGUGGUUGAAAGAAGGACGUGCUCCAAGUUUCGACGAGUAUUUGAAAUUUUCUUUGAUUACUUGUGGUUACCACAUGUUGAUAGUGAGCUCUUUAAUUGGAAUGAAAAGUAGUAUUGUAACAAAAGAAGUUUUCGAGUGGCUCUCUAUGGACCGCAAGAUUGUUAGGGCAUCCUCAACUAUUUGUAGAUUCAUGGAUGACAUAGCCGAACACAAGUUUGAGCAAGAGAAAAAUGAUGAACCAACUGCAGUGGAAUGCUACAUGAAGCAAUAUGGAGUUUCCGAAGAAGAAGCAUACGAUGAACUUAACAAGCGAAUAGCUAAUGCAUGGAAAGAAAUAAACGAAGAGCUUUUAAAGCCAACUGGUGUAGCUUCACCUAUAUUAGUCCGUGCUCUUAAUUUCUCCAAGUUUUUGGAUCUUUUCUACAAAAAUGGUGAUGGCUAUACACAAGUUGGAAAAGUGACCAAAGAUAGUAUUGCUGCGUUGCUUAUUGAUCCAAUUCCUUGAUAAAUCUAUCAUACUAUUCGUAUCUAUA